AUGCUUAACUAUGAAUACAUAGCUAACCACAUUACAGAUUUUAUUGAAGAGAAUACUCUAUUCGAUAUUUUUGAAAGCAGAGACAUCAAACACAUUAUGAAAUACGCCUAUUUAACAUCAAAUGAAUUUAUUAACCUUAUUAAACAAUCCCAUUCUACAAUUGAUACAGAUAUAUUAAUUACAUGCACUAAAAAUACAAGUAUCUCCAUAAAAGAUUCUAAUGAAGCAAUUAAAUUGCUAAAAUCUGCUAGAAAAUACAUGAAACUGAGAUUAUUUGAUGAACUGAUCGAUAUUCUCAAUCAAAAGGAUGAAGAAUUGGCAGAUGAACUUUCAGAAAAAGGAAAUCAAAAUUUGAUAAGAAAAGCAUGUGAAGAAGGGCUUUGGGAAAAGAGAGAAGGCACUUUUGGUAAAAAUGUACUUAUUCAAGCGGCCUAUUCAGGAAAUACCAGACUUGUUAAAUCCCUUGUUGAAUGCGGAUGCGAUUUCGAAGCUGGAGAUAAUUAUGCAUGGAACCCACUUAUUUGGGCUUCCGAUAAAGGUCAUCUUGAAGUCGUGAAAUAUCUUAUAUCAGUAGGAGCAAAUAAAGAAGCAAAGGAUAAUUGUGGAAAGAACCCGCUCAUUUGGGCAGCAUAUUAUAGCAGAUUAGAAGUUGUUAAAUAUCUUGUUUCAAUUGGAGUUGAUAUUGAAGCAACGACAAAUAGAGGACAUAAUGCUCUUAUGUAUGCUUGUGAGAGAAAUCAUCUCGAUGUAGCUAAAUAUCUAAUCUCUUCAGGAGCAAAUAAAGAAGCCAAAAAUAAUUCAGGAUUCACUCCUCUUAUUGUUGCAGCCAGUGAAGAUCAACUUGAAAUAAUCAAAUACUUGAUCUCUAUCGGAGCUAAUAAAAAUGCAAAAGAUAAUGAAGGGAAAACAGCUUUAGAUCAUGCAAAGGAAGAAACACAAAAGUAUCUGAAAUCUGUUUGA